AUGGGUGACACCACCACUGUUGCAGAAACAAGCAAUGUUGCAAACUCUGUGACCUAUGAUCCUAAUCACCCCUACCAUCUCAAUAACUCAGAUUCACCAGGUAUGACUCUAGUCAACACAGUGUUUGAUGGAAGAGGAUACCCUGGAUGGAGAAGAUCCAUUCUCUUGUCACUCUCAGCCAAGAAAAAGCUUGGUUUCAUCAAUGGAGUCUGCAAAUCUCCAAAUCUGAACUCCCCAGAACUUGAACAAUGGAACUGUGUCAAUGACAUGGUCAUCUCCUGGAUCCUCAAUGCUCUUUCAAAGGACAUUGCUGAUAGUGUAAUUUACUCCAAGACUGCAAAAGAGCUUUGGGACAGCUUAGAGCAGAGGUUUGGCAAGUCAAAUGGAGCUAAACUAUACCAUCUGCAAAAGGAACUAACAGGAUUAGUACAAGGGAAUAAUGAUAUUGCAGGAUAUUUCACUAAGCUCAAACGUUUAUGGGAUGAGUUGGAUGCUUUGAAUGUUAUCAUAUGCUGCUCAUGUGUGUGUGUUUGUGAAGGAAAGGCAAAGCUAGCUAAGUCACUGGAGGAUCAGAGGUUGAUCCAAUUUCUAAUGGGGUUAAAUGACAUCUAUGCACAGGCAAGAGGAAACAUUCUCAUGAUGAAUCCUCUGCCUGCCAUAGAUGUUGCUUAUUCACUUCUCUUACAGGAUGAGAAUCAAAGAGAAGUGUAUGCUAAUACAAGUUUCAACUCAUAA